AUGGCCGAUGCAGUGCUUGUGGAAAAUCUACAAAAGCAGCUGGAUCGACUGAUGAAUCAAUUAUCCGAUAUUGAGGAGGAGAAGCCCAACAUGGAUACUCAAGAGUAUGAAGAACUUAAAUCGGAGACAAUGGAGGAGCUAAAAGUAAUUUCUUCGUUCAUUUUGGUACUUCAUUUGUUACGGUAUGCAAUGGGACGAUGGUUUGGACAGAUUUUUAUCAUUCCAGUUAUAAAAGAGGACCUCAGUAGAUCUUUGGAAAAGAUGACCGGUGGGAAUAUCACUUCGACAGACAAUCUGACAGCUACCCGUAUGGCCGUAAGAGCUGCUAUCAGUCAAGCGUUACGAACCCCUGCAAUAUUGGGCUUAUUCGCGAGAAAACAACCAAUUGCAUUGAGGCAGAGGCUGAUAUUGUCUGGUGAAGGCUUCUGUCAAGCAGUAUUAUUUGAGUAUGGUGAGAAUCCAAGUAAUCGUAUUGGUUUAGUUAGACCACGAUUUACCACCGAUCUAAUGGACUGUUCGGAAUGGGAUCAAGCGGCAGGAAGUGUCACACCUGCUCCUGUAACGUUAUGUUCGCCUCGGACUUCAACACUGGAUGAAUCUGAGGAAAUGGACGUUUAUUUUACUGAAGAUUUUCGUCAUAUACGAAGGACUUCCUACGACCAAGACGUCAUUGGUCCGGAACUUAGGUUUGAUGAAGAACAAAACCUCUUAGAACGUGUGCUCGUUGUUAUUCCCUACCGAGUGCUUUAUGAGUUGGAUAGGUUGAAGAAGACUUCAUCUAUAUCGUCAUCGCCAAUACAAUUACCACAGAAGGCAAGUCGUGUAGUAAAAAUGCUUUGCAAUCUCAGAGGAUCAUCACUGAUUUAUUGGGAGAGCUCAGCUGAGUCCUACGAGGAAGUUGAUGGAUUCGUGGCGAGUUCCUCGGAAGAUAUAAAUGAUGACUAUGUGUUAAAGUGCGCUUACCGUAUAAAAUCGAUGCAUGUUAUAGUGGAUUCACGAGGUGAGAAUUGGGAUACGGUAUUUGUCACCAACGACCAACUACUGUCACUCAAAGCGCAUGCGAGCGGCAUUCCAUGCAUAAAUGUAAAAGAAGCAAAAGAAAUUUUGAAGAACAAAGACUGCUCACCUUCUACUACGUUAUGUCAGGCUAACUUUGCCGUGCCUACUCGAAACACUAAUCGACCCACCGAUAGGCCUCCAAUCACAAAACGACAUGAAGAGAAAUGGAUGAUUUUGGAUAAUUUGGCUAAAAGGAACCCUCUUGCGACGUUCUCGCAGAUUUGGAAAUUGCUCGUGAAUGCAUUGAGGAAGAGGAGCCAAACUUGUCCUGAUAAAAGCAAAACUGAUGCCAACCGCUUGCGAGAAUGUGCUUAUAUUUUCUGUCGUAACCAAACUGAAGAGAAUCUCUCCCUUCUUGCUCGUAUGACGUGUUGGCUCUAUUCGUACUACUUCCCUCAACGAACUGAAAGCGGAAAUACGAAUUACAAGGCACUGAUGAGGAAUGGACUACACAAAGAAUUAUGCUGUUCAUCUUGUAAGUCUCGGAAGUUAAUGAAAGAGCUCCAUGUGCACAGUCGCAAUUGGGAGGGACAUCAUGGUGAGACCAAAGGUACACCAACAGCUAUUGCUAAUGGUGGUAGAAACGUAACGGGAAAGAGAGAAGAGGAUGACUAA